AUGGCCAGCGGCAGCGGAGGACCUCGGACAGAAAGUCCAUUUAUCAUAGAGCAUGACGAGGACUCGGUGUUGGACCAUGAACUGGUUGAUGACGCCAUCGAAGCUGACGAUCCGCUGGGCUCGACGACUGACCGUACACCGUUAACUGGAAACAUUUCGUCAUCCUCGGCUGCUGGAGGAGCUUCGCGAAACCCCGUAUCCAGCUCAUACCUCACUUCAUCCAUACCCGGAGAAGACCGCCGUGCACCACAAAAUACAAUUGAUGAGUCUGUCUGGGAUACGCUCUCCCGAGAUCUCCUAGCAGUAUGGGAGAAGAUGAGACAAGUUCUUUGGCCACAAUACCUACUUGGUGGCAUGAUGAUGCGCGGAGGCGGAGGUAGUGGAGGAUCCGCGGAACGAGGUGAGGCAACAGGAUUUGGCAGUGAGAGUAUUGGGGCUCUGCGCGGACUCGUGAGCAGACUGCCAGAUGCAGAUGUCGUCUUGCAAGGUGGGAUGAGUGAAGGACUUAGAAACUGGGAUCUUUGGGGCCCAUUAAUUUUCUGUCUUUUGCUGAGUAUGUUCCUUUCAAUGGGCAAAGGUGACCAGUCAAGCCUUGUAUUUUCGGGAGUAUUCUGCAUCGUGUGGAUUGGUGAAGCCGUUGUCACGCUGCAGAUCAAGUUGCUCGGUGGGAAUAUUUCAUUCUUUCAAUCCGUCUGUCUCAUCGGCUAUACGCUAUUCCCGCUGGUUAUUGCUGCGCUCCUAAGCGCUCUUAACAUUCCUACUAUAGCCCGCAUUCCUGUUUAUCUCGUCCUCGUGGCCUGGUCCCUGGCGGCGGGAGUGAGUAUCUUGGGUGGCUCGGGAGUCGUCAAGAACCGGGUGGUCCUCGCUGUCUACCCCCUAUUAGUCUUUUACAUGGGUAUUGGGUGUUUAUGCUUUAUCAGUUAA